AUGCGGCGGUGUCGGGGCGCGGGGCUGGCGGCGCUGGCCGCGCUGCUGCUCGUGGCUGUAGCCAGAGCCCAGGUACAACAGGAGCCGACACUGGAGACCACGGAGGGCACCGGCAUCAACAUCAGCUGCUCACACUCCAACAUAGGAACAGGCGAUAGGAUCUACUGGUACCGUCAGCUGCCAGGCCGAGGACCCGAACUCCUCGUGAGCGCUCACAAAGGGGUCAGAGAGCUGCCGGACAUUGCUGGACACCUGUGGGUGUCGGCAGAUCGGCGAUGGAGCGCGCUGUGGCUCGGGCGGCCCCGGCGCGGGGACGCGGCCGUGUAUUACUGCGCGCUGGGCCACGGGCAGAGGAGCCGGGGCUGCGGCCGGCCCGCGGGGGCACAGCGACACCGCACAGCCCGCCACGGCCCCGACACACGGCUGCCAGCCUGCCUGCUGCGGGACACGGCCGCCACACACGGCCCGCCCUGCCCUCGCUCCCUCGGCCGCCUCUGCCUCACACCAAACUGCUGCGCCCGCCGCCUCUGCCAUCGCCUGCGGCCCUCCGGCCACGGCUGCUGCUGCUGCUCUCAGCCUGCUUUGCAAAGCAAAGAGCUGCUCCGGGACAGCAUCUGUGCUGGGAGCUGA